GAAAUAUUUCAAACCCACCAUCCUUUAAAACUGCUCGAUUUUUUGACAUCUCUGGCAAAGUUUGAUGUUGUUUUCGAUGUCAACGCACGAAACGACAGAGCGCAGUUUUCAAUCGAUUCUAAUCGCAAGAAAUUUUGCUUAAAAGUGUAAAUUUUCCGAUAAAUCAAGCAAUUUUCAAGUGUGACAAUGGCCGACGAAGAGUACGAACGUUUCGAGAUCACCGACUUCGAUCUGGACAACGAGUUCAACCCGCAGCGUCGCAAUCGGCGUCCAACGAAGCACCAGCAAAUUUACGGUAUAUGGGCGGAUGAGGAUUCCGAGAAUGAAGAAGCGAAUGAAGGUUCUUCGCGGCGCCGUCGAGGCCGGAUGGGUAAGAAGACGAAGGAUUAUACGGCCCCGAUUGGGUUCGUGGCGGGUGGAAUUCAGCAGGCCGGGAAGAAAAAACCGGAGGAGAAAAAGGAAAGCGAUGGGGAAGAGGAUGAGGAGGAGGAUGAUCGACCGAGAUUCGGAGGGGCAAGAAGCGGAACUAGCUCCGAGUCGGAAUCGGAAGUGGUCCCGAAGGCGAAUGACUUUCGUUCGAUGGCAGGAUUUCGGAAGUACCCGGCUAAAAGCGGUGGUCCUUCGAUUGGGAAAGGCGUUGGCGGAUGGGAACAGCAUACGAAAGGAAUCGGAGCGAAGUUGCUUUUGCAGAUGGGUUACCAGCCCGGUAAAGGAUUGGGUAAGGAUUUGCAAGGUAUAUCUGCCCCAAUUGAGGCCCACUUGAGGAAGGGUCGCGGAGCUAUUGGCGCUUACGGGCCGGAGAAGAAGACGGUGGUUAUGGAUCAAAAGCAGAAGAAAGACAAAGAGGAUACCAAGGAGAUCAAGGAUAAGGACGUGGAACAGCAGUGGAGAAAGGAUAAGCAUAAGGGGAGAUACUUUUAUAAGAGUGUGGAAGACGUUAUCGAGAAGGGCAAAAGGACGUACACUCCUUUCGAUAAGAAUUCGAAGCUUAGCAAUGUAAAGGUCAUUGAUAUGACCGGGCCGGAAAGUAGGGUUUUGAGUGGUUAUCAUGCUCUGGGGCAGGCCAAAGUAGCAGACGAAGAUUUGUACGAUGCUAAAGCUACAAAAGAAACGACAAACUUCGCACUACCAGAGUUGAUGCACAAUUUGAAUCUGAUCGUUGAAUAUUGCGAACAGGAUAUUAUAGCCAUUGAUAAGCAAAAAUGCGAAGCGAAAGAUCGAGAGGAGCAACUCGAAAUUGAAAAAGAAAAUCUAAUCAGAAUCACGCAGCUAGAAGAGGACUACAUUCACACUUUGGAAGGAGCUUUGGAUUUAGUAAAAGCUUUGGUCGAACCCGAAAAUGGAUCAGUUUCACUGGAAGAGUGCGAAAGGAUUUUUAUCCGCAUGCAAGGCGAUUUCCCUUCAGAGUACAAGGAAUUCGGACUGGCUGAUCUAGCUCCAGGAGUCGUUGCCCCUCUAAUCGCUGCUCGUCUCAAAGAAUGGAACCCAUUUGUCGACCCGACACUUCACCUAGACCUGUUCAAACGUUGGCGAUCAAUUUUGGGAUCAUCGGACACGGAGAAACGUAAUCUUCUGGAUCCCUACUCUGGUUUGGUUUGGACCGGCGUGAUUCCCAGCAUACGUUCCGCCGCUACGACUUGGGAUCCUCGACUUCAUCAACCGAUGAUCGCUUUGCUGGACGCAUGGGCACCGCUUCUCCCUUCGUGGAUCCUGGAUAACGUCCUGGAACAAAUUAUAAUGAACAAGUUGAGUACCGCUGUCGCUGAAUGGGACCCUCUGACGGAUACUAUUCCGAUACACAUAUGGAUUCAACCAUGGGCAGGAAUCCUUGGCACAAAGAUGGAGGCCAGCAUUUACCCCACGAUUCGAGAGAAGCUGAGCAAGGCUUUGAAGGCAUGGAAUCCGGAGGAUCGUUCGGCCAGGGCUAUGAUCACCCCCUGGAAGGGUGUAAUGGCCGAUGAAGAUUUGCAGGUGUUCCUCACGAAGAACAUUAUUCCCAAACUGGAGCUAAGGUUGACGGAAUUGGUAAUCAAUCCGCUGCAGCAGGAUUUGGAAAUCUUCAACCAAGUCUGGGAAUGGAGCGAACUCAUCUCCACAAUCCAGAUGGCUUCCAUUCUGGACAAAUUCUUCUUCCCGAAGUGGAUCCAAACCUUGGUGCUGUGGUUGAACCAAUCACCCAACUUCGACCAGGUCACACGUUGGUACCAAGGCUGGAAGUCGCAGUUUACCGAGGACAUCAUCCGACAGCCGAACAUCAAGGAAAGUUUCCGUAAAGCAUUGGAACUAAUGCAACGCUCCAUCGGCAUCACCACGGGAUCUUCGUCGUCAUCGUCCUCGACUUCGGCCACAGUGGAACCGAUGGAUACCAUUCCACCGCCACCAAAACCUCCCUCGCUGCUCGAUGUCCACGUGGAUGUGUCGCCCACGUUGGAAUUCAAAGAGCUGGUGUCGCAGAAAUGUGCCGAACGAGGAAUCAUCUUUGCGCCCAUGCCCGGCAGACGGGAGAUGGGCAAACAGGUCUACCGAGUGGGGAAACUGUUUUGCUACAUUGAUCGAUCGGUUUGUAUUGUCAGCUUGGACGGAGGGGUCAAUUGGACUCCGAUUUCGCUUUCGGCACUGAUCGAACGGGCCAUCAGCGGAUAAGAUGCGGUGAGUAAUCAUAGAAAAAACUUUUGGAAGUAAAUAAAAAAAAACAAGAAAUAGGGUUUCAAAUUGAA